AUGAAGACCAGUGACUCCUCCACAGAUAAUGAUCAACUUAUUGAGAUGACUUUGUACGCCUUAAUGGGUAUCAACAGUGAAGCCUGCCGGGGUAUGCAGGACUCGUGUGGCCUGCAGACAACACUGUUGUCCAUCCUGAGAGACCUGCUGCAGGAGAGCGGGACACCGCCGCCUCCAGGCCUCGAGAGACUCUAUUCCCGCUCUCAAAGGAUCCAUCAACGCCGUCAACGCCGUCGUCAGCUCGAAGCAUUUCGUCAGCAACGUCAACAGUCGGAAAUCUCCACCAACACAACUGAUCAUGGCAUCUUGGGUACAUCUGAACACGGCACCUUGGCCGCCGCUCACCACGUGCCCUUGACCGUGCCAACUCGGGCCCCAGCUGACCACGUGACCUUGACCGUGCCUACUCGGGCCCCAGCUGACCACGUGACCUUGACCGUGCCUACUCGGGCGGCAGCUGACCACGUGCCCUUGACCGUGCCUACUCGGGCCCCAGCUGACCACGUGCCCUUGACCGUGCCUACUCGGGCCACCGCUGACCACGUGACCUUGACCGUGCCUACUGGGGCCCCAGCUGACCACGUGACCUUGACCGUGCCUACUGGGGCCCCAGCUGACCACGUGACCUUGACCGUGCCUACUGGGGCCCCAUCUGACCACGUGACCUUGACCGUGCCUACUGGGGCCCCAUCUGACCACGUGACCUUGACCGUGCCUACUGGGCCCCAGCUGACCACGUGA